UGAUUCUUGUCCGAAAGCAUGUCAUUUCCUAUCAUCUGUGAUGCAUGUCACGCAUGCAUCAUGUUGCAUCAAAUGAUACUAUAACCUUAUUCCAGAAACCGAUUCGGGAGUAAUUGUCAAUGGAAUAUAAAUUGGGGCUCCCGUUUAUUUAUAAAGCCCAGUUUUAGAAAAAUUUUAAACUUGACAAUCUCCAAUUAUAAAAAUCCAGACAAAAUUAUCAUCUCAGUAAAUUCAAUCAAUAAAUCUUAACGUCAUGAUGAAGAUACCGAGUGCGAUAACGUUGCAAAAUAUAAAGUUAGAUGAAUUAAGACAAGAAAUGGAUAUUUGCCUGCGAUUGAUUAUAUAUAGGGAUAACAUGAUUUUUAAUGAUAUCAUUGUCAGACUACAAGCUGUAUUUAAAUACAAUAUUGAUGAAUGGUUCAAAGGACCUGCAGGAGAUAAUGUUGAAAAUACAUAUGUAGCAAAGCCAGUUUGUCUAUGUGCAAAAGGACUCAAUUCCUACCUUGUCUCAGCUUACACUGUAACGUUAUCAAAAUCAUUUGUUUAUCGUAAAAGUGCUAUGAAAGUAUUGAAAACAUUUCUGCAAACACGUAACAAUAACUUAUUUGAUAUAUAUGAAGGAUAUUUACAAAUAAUAUUUAUAAGAUUGAGGAUGCCGAGAAAACAAUUUUUAGAUUACAACUGGAACAAUAGAUUAAUGCAAAUGGUUCUAGAAAGGCAAGAAACUGAUUGCGCUAUGUCUUGGUUGUCCACAUUGGGAGGAGCAUUUUCAGCAUUGGGAGAAGAAUUUGAACAUUGUGCUAAAAUGGCAGGUAAAAUUUCAAUGAGACAAUUUGAAUUGGCACUACGCCUUGACAAUCCUCUCCUUAUUGCUCGAUGUAGAUUAUAUUCUGCUUUAAGCUUAAUUCAGCGUGGUUAUUUCACUACUCCAAAAUACAUGAUACAAAGAAUUUAUAAAUUUGCGAUUAAAGAGAAAGAUGUACGUCUACAAAAUAUGUGUCAAGGUGUAUGGGCCAAGUUACGACAUAAUUAUAAACAAUAUAAACAAAAAAAAUCUGUAUCAUUUAAAACUUUGUAUAUAUCUUCAAAAUUAUAGGAAAUUUAAUCUUUGUAUGUAUGUUUUUAAGUAUGUAUGUUAAUAUAUUAUUUUGC